AUGACCGAGUCGUCGGUCGACUAUUACCGGGUCCUUGAGCUCCCCUUCUCGAGCAACUCUACCACCCCCCUAUCGAAUCUGCAGAUCAAACUCGCCUACCACAAAGCACUCCUUAAACACCACCCAGAUAAAGCCGGCGCCGUCGCACAACACUCGAGCACCGCAAGUUCGGCCUCUGCAACCUCGAAAUUUCCCUCGUCAAAGGGUGAUCAGCGAUCUUAUACCAUCGAUGAGAUUACAUCGGCUUACAAAACACUCUCCGAUCCGCAGUUGCGUGCAGAAUACGAUCGCUCGCUUCGGCUAAACCGCUCAAAGUUUGCGGAGGACAGCACCGAAGUGUUCCAUACGGGUCUGGAGACGGUGGAUCUAGAUGACAUGGAUUAUGACGAGGAGGACGGCUCCUGGUAUCGUGGCUGCCGAUGUGGGGAUGAGAGAGGAUUCUCGGUGACAGAGGCGCAUCUGGAGUCAAGUAUGGAUCAUGGAGAGGUCGUCAUCGGAUGCGUGGGGUGUAGUCUUUACAUGAAAAUCCUCUUUGCUGCCGAAGAUGGCUGA